CGUUCCUAAACUGGAAGUUUCACUGCAAGUCGAGAAAGACAGGAGGACUCCUGCGAGUGGGGCGGCACAAGUUACCGGGAAAAGAAGGAGAUACAACAGAGAAAUAAACGAAAGAUGGUGUUUGAAUCGAGUAUCUACCGAAGACUUUUUGUUAAAUUAUAGUGUCGCUUGUUGGUGUUUGUGGAGUUACCUGACUGGAGAAGUGCGGGCUCGUCGUCAACGGCAGAGAUUUACUGAUGGACCUCUGAAUUCAAGCCAGCUGGAAACUGAAGACAUCAGUGAACACUGACUGUUCACCCACCAUCGCCGUUUCCCUCAAACAACCAGCCGGCCUUUAUGCUCAUCAACCUGACUGUGACCGGCAAGGAAACAUGUGCCUUUCGUGGAACACAGCCUGCCCAGGCCACCGCCAUCUUUGAAUCUGUGGAUGCGACAGCCAUGGAUUCACGUCCGUUGCUAGUUGCCCCUCCACCGCCUCCCUUAGCACCUCCUCCACCUCCACCUCCUCCUCCUCCCCCACCUGCAUCCUCCUCCUCGCUUUUUAGCCGGUCGGACAACACCCGUCAGAGCCGACUGAGGAAAGUGAACUGGGAACGUAUCCCCAAAGAGAAGGUGGAGGGGAGGAAGAGUGUGUGGAGCGGGGCAGCCCCAGACGAGGAUGAGUUCCCCCUUGAUCUUCAUUCUCUGGAUGAGCUGUUUGGUCAGAAGGACAGUAAGCCUCGGGACAAAACUAGCACCCUGAGACACCGGUCUGCUCGACUGCGCUGCAGAUCCCCCCAGGACAACUCUGAAGAGAUCUCCCUACUGGACUCCAAACGCAGUAUGAACAUUGGAAUAUUUCUACGCCAGUUCAAGAUGCCUGCAAAAGAAAUAGUUGAGGAUAUCAGGCAGGGUGCCGGGGACCGUUACGGAGCAGAGAAGCUCACAGAGCUCUGCAAGCUUCUGCCUGACAGUGAAGAGGAGUCCCGCCUGAGUAGGUUCAGUGGUGAUCGGAGCUGGCUUGGAGAGCCUGAUCUUUUCAUGCUGCUGUUGGUGGAAGUCCCCAGUUUUCGACUCCGUCUGGAUGCCAUGAUCAUGCAACAAGAGUUUGACCCUGCUGUGACCUCUUUGUGUGUGGCAGCCAGAUGUCUGAGGGAGGCGGCCAGAGAACUGCUGAGCUGUCCUGAAUUACACUCCAUUCUUCGUUUGGUGCUAAAAGCUGGGAAUUAUAUGAAUGCUGGUGGAUAUGCAGGGAAUGCUGCUGGUUUUCGAAUUUCAUCGUUGCUGAAGCUGGCUGACACCAAAGCCAACAAGCCAGGCAUGAAUCUGCUGCAUUUUGUAGCUAUGGAAGCUGUGAAAAAGGACCAGAGUUUACUGUCAUUUCCCAGCCAACUAGGCCAUGUUGGCUCCGCCUCCAGGUUGUGUGAAGAGUCUGUGCUGGAGGACUUAUCCAAGUUAAAAAGCAGAUUGGUUGCCCUCAGGGCAAACAUCCAGACUGAGGCAGAGCUUCAGAAGCGCACACAACCUUUUCUAGAGGCGGCUAAGGAGCAUCUGAAAAAGGCAGAGGAUGAGGUAGAGGGCAUGAGGAUGUCGAGUCAGGCUCUGGUGGAGUUUUUCUGUGAGGAUGACAGCACUUUCAAACUUGAGGAGGCUUGCAGCGUUAUCCAUUUGUUUUGUGACCGCUUUCAAAGAGCUGUCCAGGAGAAUGCAGAGCGUGAACUGAAGGAACAGAGACGUCUGGAACGUCAGCGUGAGAUGGCAGAAAAGCGUCGCUCUCUGGCCAUUUGUACAGGACUGGACCUGGGGCUGAGCCUUGCCAGAGAGCCUCACAGUCAGGAGAACCAAGAUGAGUUGGAGAAACUCCUGGAGAGGAACUUGAGCUACACUUGGAGUCGUCGUAGCCUGAGAAGCUCAGUCUCCCGCAGACACUCCCAGCACCUCCACGGUGAGACUCAUUUCCGUAACUCUUCAAUGCUCAAGAGCUUUCCCAAGCUGGGCAGCAGCCCAACAUCAACCUGUUAUCACUCCAGCAGCUCUUCUGACCAUGAGAACAACACUGUACUUUGUAGCUCCCCAGAGACUGAUGGCACAUGCUCUCCUAUUGACCAAAAACCUGUUCUGGGUAGUGGGGGCAAGCCUCAGCUCAGCCACACAUCAAAUCGGAGCAUGGAAGCAGUUCAGGACUCAGACAUUGCUACAUUUAAUCAUUCUCAGCAUGGACGUGGCUUUAUAGUCAAGCAACAAGGACCUAAGAACAUUUCCUAUGCACUGCAAGGACAACAGAAGGAAACAGGACUUGAAAAAGAGGCAGGCAUUUCACAUAAACAUAUGGCUUCAAUGAACACUGAAUCUUCACCUAGUUUCUCUAUCAAAUCACCUUUUUUAAAUACUAAUAUACCUGCCCUAUGUGAUAAAAGCCAGACCUCCAUUCACAGCCAUAGUUUUGGUCUACCGGUAACAGACAAAAAUUGCCCAGUUCAGAGUAAAUUUGAUGACUCUUCUGUCAACAAGCCCAUACCUCAGUCUCUUCAAACAAGUGGAAUACUUUCUCAUAGUGAUGCUAAGGCUGGGCUAUUGAGGUACCACAGAUCUGAGAGCCAGUCUCAAGCAUGUGUAAAUGCUCCAAAUCGAGCCCAGUUGCAAUCACAGAUGAGAGAGAUGUGUGCACCGACAAGGGCUGUGAUGCCUUCUCCUGAUGUAGGUUUAACUCAGCAGACAGACACAGGAGUGGCGUCCACACCUGUGGAGGACAACUGGAUGCCCUCCAGUCUGCCACAGUUCAGUCAGUCACAGCCGGAGGAGUGCUCUGGCUUGUCAGGUUCUGAGAGGGACAUUGCAAGGUCAUACUCCCGUGUCGGUGAAACACUGGAGUGUCACACUCUGGUGAAAGGCCUUCGAUCCUAUGACACCUUGUCACCGCCAACCUCCCCACUCCCACGACCCACACCAAGCCUGUGCUCCAAGUGGAGAAAAGAGAGAGAGGUUGACCCUCAAGAGAGAAUAUCUCCAGUGUCUCCGACAUCAAAGAAGGAGACUCGAACCAUGAAGAUCCCUGUGUGUAGCGGCAUAGGGGCCAAGAGGGGACUUGUGCCACGUACAGGACCUUCCAACAACACAGGCAUUCCCAGGGUCCACUCCAACACUGAGCCUUCACAUCGCCCCCCAAGCCCUAAAAACUCACCCAUACGUAGCCAGCUGUCUCCUUCUCGCAGCAUAUCCAUGCGCUCGUCUCCUGUCACUCGGCCAGCUGCUGUUCAGGCAGAGGUGAAAUUAAGUAAUGGCACACGGCAGAGGACUGUAAGUGAGACACAGACUUCAGGGAAGCCCACACUGCCCCGCAGGACCUCAGAGAGAUGUGUAUCAUCAGAUAGGAUCUCAGGCAGCACCCAGCCCAACUUUAUUAGAGGAUCUCCUCUCCGUGUGUCAAAACGACUCGCCCCAAACUCAGAGACUCCCCAGCCUCGCACUGCCCACAGCCCAUCCUCCGCCACAGCCAAGACUAUACGCACAGCUGUCAUAACUGCUGCCCGGAAUAAAACGGCGAGGACCACAAGCACAAGCCCCUCUCCUGCUAGUUCUAAAAUCCCUAUAGUGUCACGGAUACCUGGUCCCAAAAUGCUUCGAGCUGCUGCGGCUCAACCACUGUGGAAGUAAUGGAAGUGAAUGAGAACCUCCACUGUGUAGUUUCUUCAAGCUUGUCUUUCCUUUAUGGAUUUCAGUCUAAUAUAUUCAGUGUGGGUGUUCAAAGCGAAUUAUCAUUCAGUUUCUGAUCUGAAUUAACUCUUGCUCCACAACAUCUAAGUUUAAUGACAUUUGUAUGUAGAUCUGAGGGCUUAGGUUCUACUUAGGUGUGAGACAGAGCGUCUGGGACACUAUUAUGUGUUUUACCCACUGCCAGAACAGUAGAAUAGAUUCCUUAAAUCCUACCUCUUUUUACAUUCAUUUGUGUCUUUUGCAGGCAAUAGGACAUCACAAAAACACACAUGUUCAAAUGUAGAACUGUUUAGAAUAUUUUUCAUGUCAGUAAUAUGAACAAGCGAACAGUGUGCACCUACAGUGUGCUUUGUUAGGACUGUCAUUUGGGAAACUGUUUCAGUCACUCUGGGAUAAUAAAAAGAAAAAAAAAUAAAGAUAUUAUUUUUGGAAACUGUCCAAAAGUUUUGAAUACUGUGAUCACUGGGCUCUCACAUCUGGUUGUCCUGAACUUAACUCGAUACACUAUGGAAUGGUUCAUCCUUUAGCUGAAAGGCCUCAUCAUUGUGAUGCACUUUACAAACUGAAGAAGAGGAGAUGAUACUGUAAUUUCUGUUUAUCAAUAUUCUAUAAUUUUACUGAAUAGCUUUGGUUGUUAUUCAGUCUAUUGUGUCCAUUUGUAAAUAAGAGAAAAUGAAUAAAAAUGGUGAUCUUAA